UCUCUCACCCAAAUAACUUUGUUCCUAAUCCCCUAAUCUUGCCCUCGUUAACAGAACCCCAAGUCCAUCCUGGGAACAACAACCAGCCUGCCCCCUGGUGGGGCUCUAGUUGGCCACAAGGCAGAUUGAUGCAAUAUGGUGGUGGGGGUUUCUAAGAGGAGACCCUGGUAGGUGCCUGCCCUACCCCCCAGGGAAGUGCCUGUGCCCAGAGGCUGGCAGUGCCUGGGGGUGGGGUGACCAUUCUUUCUCUUGGUACCUGAAGGACUCUUGUCUAAGAGGCAUGAAUUCCUAGCAUUCCCUGUGACAGCACUACAUGGGGAAAUGGGGGCAGGGGAGAAGGAGCAAGCCCCACCUAGGGGGGUGGCCUUGACAGUGAAAGCCACAGUCACAGUCUGGAGCCUGGGGAGGCAGCAGGAUGGCAGCAGGGGCAGCAGCUGGAGCCUGGGUGCUGGUGCUGAGUCUAUGGGGGGUGGUGGUAGGUGGUCAGAACAUCACAGCCCGCAUUGGGGAGCCGCUGGUGCUGAAAUGUAAGGGGGCCCUUAAGAAGCCGCCCCAGCAGCUGGAAUGGAAACUGAACACAGGCCGGACGGAAGCCUGGAAAGUCCUGUCUCCCCAGGGAGGCUCAUGGGACAGCGUGGCUCGCAUCCUCCCGAACGGCUCCCUCCUCCUGCCGUCUGUGGGGAUCCAGGAUGAGGGCACUUUCCGGUGCCGGACAACCAACAGGAACGGAAAGGAGACCAAGUCCAACUACCGAGUCCGCGUCUACCAGAUUCCUGGGAAGCCAGAAAUCAUGGAUCCUGCCUCUGAACUCAGAGCCGGCAUCCCCAGUAAGGUACAAGAAGGGCACAGACGCAGGAGUGGCCGUACAUGUCUCUUUCAGAGAAUGACAUGGACAUUACCUCCCCAGGUAGGGACAUGUGUGUCCGAGGGGGGCUAUCCUGCAGGGACUCUCAGCUGGCACAUGGAUGGGAAACCCCUGAUACCUGACGGGAAAGAAGUAUCUGUGAAGGAGGAAACCAGGAGGCACCCGGACACAGGGCUCUUCACACUGCAGUCAGAAUUGCUGGUGACUCCAGCCGGGGGGCCAGGGCCGCACCCCACCUUCUCCUGUAGCUUCAGCCCUAGUUUGCCCCGCCGCCGGGCCAUGCACACAGCUCCCAUCCAGCCCAGUGUCUUGGAGCCUGGGCCCCUGGAGGUCCACUUGCUGGUGGAGCCAGAAGGUGGGACAGUAACUCCUGGGGGGACUGUGACGCUGACCUGCAAAGCCCCUGCCCACUCCCCUCCUCAGAUCCACUGGAUGAAGGAUGGCAUGCGCCUGGCCCUGCCGCCCAGCCCUGUGCUGCUGCUCCCUGAGGUGGGGCCUCAGGAUGAGGGCAUCUACAGCUGCGUGGUCACCCAGCCUAACCACGGGCCCAGGGAAAGCCCCCCAGUCAGCAUCAGCCUCGAAACAGGAGAGGAAGAGCUGACCCCAGGCCCUGUGGGAGGGUCAGGGCUGGGAACGCUGGCUCUGGCCCUGGGCAUCCUGGGAGGCCUGAGCGUAGCCGCCCUGCUGGUUGGCAUCAUCCUGUGGCGAAGGCGCCAACGCCAAGGAGAGGAGAGGAAAGUCCCAGAAAACCAGGAGGACGAGGAGGAGCGCACGGAGCUGAACCAGUCGGAGGAACCUGAGGCAACCGAAGGCGGUGUGGGAGGGUCCUGAGGGACAGGGCCGGCCCCCCAGUUCCUCAGCCCCCUGCCCUAUGCCCUGCACCGGUGCUGACAUUAGACCAGUUCUUCCCAGUACAAUUCCCUCCCACUUCCUCACCACAGCCUCCUUUCCCGCGUAAACAGUGACUAGUAAAGAAACAAACACACAUUGG